AUGCGCAUCACCGCUCUCGUCCCCCUAGUCGCGCUUCUCUCUGGUGCCAUCGCCGCCCCUCUUCCCGAGGUGGUGGAUCUCGCCCCCCCCGACCCCCAGCUCUGGUCAUGGCGCUGUGGUCUCUUCGGCUGGCGCUGUCCUAACCGCGUUCAGAACCCUCCGACCCCCGAGCCGACGCCUGACCCGCCCACGCCGACCGUGGACCCCCCCGCGUCAACGUCCGACGACCCUCCUCCUCAGACUAGCGAACCACCUCCCGCGACCAGCGAACCCCCCACACCGGUGUCGACGAGCGACCAGCCGUCGGCCACCCCCUCCGGUCUUCCGCCAGGAUGCCUCACCGAAAACUUCUGCCCAGACACUGACGGCGGCCAGGGCGGUGACCCGGGCAACGGCGAUGGAACAAUCACAUACCCUAACGGCACCAAGCCCAACGGAAACGAUAACCGCAACCGCCGUGACGUCGAGGAACGCUCGGCUGACCUCACCCCUUUCCUCGAGUAA